AUGUUUAAAGCAGUAAAACUAAUAACUUUCUACAGCCCCUCAACAAUCUUUAUACCAUCAAGAACGUUAAUGAAGCAUAAUAUCAACCACAUUAUAAGCAAGAAAGUAAUUGACAGAUAUUUAAGAUUACCAUUUCCGUGUAACAAAGUUUUGGCUACCUACUGUUGGAUCGAUGGAUCUGGUAUCAAUAUGAGAUGUAAAGAUAGAAUCCUGAAUUGCGUACCGUAUGCGCCAGAAGUGGCUCCAGGAUGGGCUUUUGAUGGUAGUUCGACAGGUCAAGCAACAACUGACAACUCUGACACUAGGUUGCAACCCGCUGCUAUUUAUAGGGAUCCUUUUAGAAUGGAGCCCCACGUAAUAGUUUUGGCAGAAGUUUACUUAGGAGACGGAGAUAAACCAGCACCUACAAAUCACCGUAAAAAAUGUAAUGACUUAUGCGAAGCGUGGGCCGAUGAAGAACCGUGGUUUGGACUCGAACAAGAGUAUACUAUGUUAGACGUUGAUGGUUGGGGUCUUGGUUGGCCUAAAGGAGGGGGUUUUCCUGCAGUUAAGUAUCAAUAUUCUUACUGUGGAGUUGGAGCAAAAUACAUAGCAGGACGGGAAGUUUCUGAGGCACACGCACGAGCUUGCUUAUACGCAGGUCUCGAUUUUGAAGGCACAAAUGCAGAAGUAAUGUAUGCUUGCUGGGAGUGGCAAAUUGGUACAACAGUUGGUAUUAAAGCUCCAGACGAUUUAUGGAUGUCCCGAUUUAUAAUGAGUCGAGUUGCUGAAGAAUAUGGUGUCGAUAUUACUUAUCAUCCUAAACCAAUGGGAGCCUUACAUCCUGGUGUAGGAAUGCAUCACAAUUUUAGCACCAAACGUAUGCGUUCGGACGGCGGUUAUCAAUUUAUUGAAGAAUGCAUAAAAAGAUUAGAAACAAAUCAUAUGAAGCAUAUGAAAAACUACGGUAAUGAUGAAGCUACUAAUAGAAUGCGUCUCUCAGGAAAAUUCGAAACUGCGCCGUUUGAAAAGUUUUCAUGGGGUGUUGCUAGCAGAGCUGCGUCGAUUCGAUUACAGAGAAGCGUCAAACAAAAAGGCAAAGGCUUUUUUGAAGACAGGCGACCUGGAGGCGACUGUGACCCGUAUCUAGUAUGUGGGCUUUUAAUGGAAACAUGCCUUGGAUCGGGACCAAAUAGCCCUGCUGGUGGUGGUGGUGGUGGCAAGGGAAACCCUUGUAAAAAGUGA